AGGAGAGGAAGGAGCAGGCCCUUCCGCUAACCCCGGCCCCGCCGCGCCUUCCUCGGGCUUCGGGCCGCCAUGGAGUUUGCAGAGCUGAUCAAGACUCCGCGAGUGGACAAUGUGGUGCUGCACCGGCCCUUCUACCCGGCUGUGGAAGGCACGCUGUGCCUGACCGGCCAUCACCUGAUUCUGUCCUCCCGGCAGGACAACACCGAGGAGCUGUGGCUGCUCCAUUCCAACAUCGACUCCAUCGAAAAGCGGUUCGUGGGAUCAUUGGGUACCAUAAUUAUAAAAUGCAAAGAUCUGCGGAUUAUUCAGUUGGACAUUCCUGGAAUGGAAGAAUGUUUGAAUAUUGCAAGUUCCAUUGAGGCUUUGUCAACCUUGGACUCCAUCACUCUGAUGUAUCCUUUCUUUUACCGGCCCAUGUUUGAAGUGGUAGAAGAUGGCUGGCAUACAUUUCUUCCUGAAAGAGAAUUUGAGCUCUUCUCCUCAGUUACCAAUGAAUGGAGGCUGAGCUACGUCAAUAAAGAUUUUACCGUCUGCCCCUCUUACCCUCCGAUUGUCACUGUGCCCAGCUGCAUUGAUGAUGAGGCCCUCAGGAAAGUGGCUACAUUUCGUCAUGGUGGGCGCUUCCCAGUACUUAGUUACUACCAUAAAAAAAAUGGAAUGGUGAUGAUCCGGAGUAGUCAGCCACUCACAGGCACCAAUGGGAGACGAUGCAAAGAAGAUGAAAAACUUAUAAAUGCUACCCUUCGAGCAGGAAAACGAGGCUACGUUAUUGACACCCGCUCUCUAAAUGUGGCUCAACAAGCUAGAGCUAAAGGGGGUGGUUUUGAGCAGGAGGCUCAUUAUCCUCAGUGGAGACGCAUUCACAAGUCCAUUGAGAGGUAUCAUAUUCUUCAGGAGAGCUUGAUAAAACUUGUAGAAGCCUGUAAUGACCAAUCACAUAACAUGGACCGGUGGCUUAGCAAAUUAGAGGCUUCUAAUUGGUUGACUCACAUCAAAGAGAUUCUAACCACCGCUUGCCUGGCUGCUCAGUGUAUUGACAGGGAAGGAGCAUCGGUAUUGAUUCAUGGAACAGAGGGAACUGAUUCUACGCUUCAGGUUACCUCCUUGGCCCAGAUCAUCUUAGAACCAAGAUGUAGGACCAUCCGUGGUUUUGAGGCUCUUAUAGAGAGAGAGUGGCUACAGGCAGGCCACCCCUUCCAGCAGCGCUGUGCUCAGUCGGCCUACUCCAACAGUAAGCAGAAGUGGGAAGCACCUGUAUUUUUUCUUUUCUUAGACUGCGUGUGGCAAAUCCUGCGCCAGUUCCCUUGCUCCUUUGAAUUUAAUGAACACUUCCUCAUCUUGCUCUUUGAGCACUCUUAUGCUUCACAAUUUGGGACGUUCUUGGGCAACAAUGAAAGUGAAAGGUGUAAAUUGAAACUACAGCAGAAAACCAUGUCUCUGUGGUCCUGGGUCAACAGACCCAGUGAACUGAGCAAGUUCAUUAAUCCUCUUUUUGAAGCCAAUAGCCUUGUCAUCUGGCCUUCAGUUGCUCCACAGAGUCUUCAGUUAUGGGAAGGUGUAUUCCUACGAUGGAACAGAUCCUCUAAGUAUCUGGAUGAAGCCUAUGAAGAAAUGACUAAUAUCAUUGAAUAUAACAAGGAAUUACAGGCAAAAGUAAAUACCCUUAGAAGGCAAUUGGCAGAGCUGGAAACAGAAGAUGGGAUGCAAGAAAGCCCCUAAGAUAUCCCUUGAUGGCCAUACCAUUGGAGCCUUCUCCAUCUCUUUCCUUCCCCUUAGUCUCUUUCUCCGGUUUUCCUAUGGUUCAUCUUUACACUGAAGCUUGGAAUAUGUUUAAAUGGUGGGACUGAUCUGAUGUAAUAGAUUUCUCAACACUUCACUGAUGAAGUCUACAACCAUUAUUUACCUUAAAUAAGGCCUCUAAGGCUGCUUCACUUUGGGGAAAAGAGGAGGGUGAUAGUCAUUUUAGUUGGCAUUAAAGUGGUGGCAUGUUUGAUGCCAUUCAUAUUAUAGACAACUUACACUUAAGUGUAAACUUAAGCUUAUCCAUUUUAAUUUAAAUCGUAUAUGGAUGGCCAGUUGUGGACAAUGACAAAAGUCCAUCUAAUUAAAAGAUUUUCUGGCUUUUUUUUUUCCUUGGGUUUUUGGCGUUGAUGUCAGACUUCUGUAUGCAAAAACAUGGGUUCUCAAACCUGAAGUGGCAAAUCAAGGCAUUUUUUGUUUAAUGCGUUUUUUCAAAUGGCCUUUGUUUAGUAAAAUGGGUUUGUACUUUCUGUUUGGCGUAAUUCAGAAUGACAAAGCUAAAUUUAUUCUACAUUCAGUUUAUCAAGAAAGGAAAGAGAUAAUAAAUACAGUAAUGUCAUCAUUUCAUUGUUAUAGGACAGUUGCCUUUGAAAGAGAAGCCAGAUAAUCUGAUGGGAUUUCUCUUAAGAAUUAAAUUUGUUGAAGAGUGAACACUAAAUCAGAGUUGGAAGAAUGUGCAAUAUUGACAUUUUUUGUUUGUUUGUUUUAAGUUUCUUGGCCGUAUUUUCUAGAAGUGAACAUAACAUAUGAGGGCCAGAAAGGAAAAAUAUCAUUUGGAAGAGGUCAUAAUUUACAUUGUAAAAAAAUGGUUAACUUUAACCAGAGAUGCACUGCCCUUGUCUGAUGUUCUCAUUGCACUGGUUUUUGCCUUUUUUUUUUUUUUUUUUUUAAGAAUAAGACUUGACUAAUACUGAGGUUACAACUUUUUUGUGAUUUUUAUCACAGUGCAUUUUUGUCUUGACUAUGCUAACUUGUCCAUGUUCUAUGUUAGACAAAUGUGAUUUAAGGAAGAACAAACUAUGUUAUCGUGAUGUAGUACCACAUUUUAAAUUUCAGAAACUUAGUAGAUUAAACGAUUUUCAAAUGUUACACAAAAGCAUGACUUUUUAUUCUGGUUUCAGUUUUUUCUUCUGGUCAGUUCCAGAAAAUUUGUUGCCAAGUUUUUUCAAAGUUAAUUUUGUUUAGCAAAAUUAUUGGUACUUACUACUUUUUAAGAGUAUACUGUGAAAGAUUAGGCUUUAAUACCAAUUCAUUGUAACACCUAUACAUAUAAUCAUUUUAGUGUAGAGUGCUGAAACAUAACCCAAUUUAGUGCUACUGUAUGUUGUGGAAAAGGAUAAACUUUUUGCUCUCCAUUCCUGAAUGUAAAUACGUGACCACAGUGACCCUAGAAACUGGCAAAUACAUGCUGCUUCUCCCCACCUCCUUCAAAAAUGUGAUCCUACCACUUUAAAAGUUUCUACUCUUUUUAUUCCUUCCCCUGGCUGGUUAGCAGUAAUAUGAAAAACUAUCUUUAUUGAGAAGUCCCUUAUAGAUAUUUUAGAAUGGCUGACUUCUCUGGCUAUAGCUGUGAACCUUGGGGCAUAAUAGGCCUCAUUAAACGACUAAGGCAAGGAAGGGAAUUGAGAUCUGUACAUAAAUAGACUAGAGCUAGUUAUGUACGGUAUAUGUGUGUAUGUAUAUAAAAUUUGGAAGGCAGAGAAAGGAGGAAAACUUCGAGUCCUGAGAAUGAGCUGCUACUUUCCAAAUACAUCUAAACCUAACUUUUUCUUUCAAAGUAGAAGACUUUUUUCACCUCCAAUUCACUUAGGAAGUAGAAGGGAGAGCAUCAGAAGAUUUCUUAGUGACUCCGUAAAAAUGGUUAACACAACAUGUGGUCCACAGGAACUACAUAGACAGGUAUAGGGGCUGUUCAUUACUAGGUUAAAGUGAUAGGAGCAUGGCUUGUCAAUCAUCCCUGGUGAGCAAGUAUAAAGAAUGUGUGAGCCAGAGUUCUAUGAUAGUAAGGAACAUAAAAUCUGCUCCUUCUUUCUCUUCCUGAAAACAGGUGCUAGCAUAUGAGGACUGUUAUGCUAUUGUAUGAUUUGUGUAUUGUUAGUACGCAUUUGCAGAUAGAAAUAUCAAAAUCUGAGAGCAAUUUAGGGCAAGUUAGAACCAAUUGAAGUGUCCUCCGGCUAUGUGAAAAAAUACUAUAAAAUAAUAAAUUACCUCUGACUUGACUAAAAGAAAAAGCAAAAGGGUUGAACCUGUUAGAAUGUUCUUGUGAGAUAUUAGUGGGUUUUUUUUUUUAAGACUUUUUAGAUAGAAGCCUUAGGCUUAGGGGAUUAUACUUAACAAGGCUGUCUGUUUCUCAUCUAGACUGAUAAUCACAUGAGGUGUUUUCAUGUGUAACGGACACCUUCAUUAGUCAUCUAUAUUGAAGGUGCUGGUUUAUAUUUUUAGUUGUGUUUAAAAGCAUAUGAAAGGAACAUAAAAAGCAAAUGUGUAAUCACUAGCUUCCAGUAGAACACAAAAAGGAUCCUUUAACCUGUCCUCCACCUGAAUAAUUUCUACUUGUAAUCACUAUUCCCCAGUUCGUAGGUUCUCCAAAUCCUGAUUUUUUAUCAACUUUUCCUUAUGAUUUUCCAAGAGAGAGAACUUCUCUGUGACAUUACUGAGUCCAUUAUUGUCAUUUGUAAUUAGCAGAUAUUUACAUAGAUUUGGAAAACAUAGGGUUGGCUAAACUAGAACUAAAAAUUUUUUCAUGGCAAAAGCCAUCAUAUAUAGUAUUUGUGUGUCAAAAUGAGCUUUUUGCCUUCGCAGAAUCCAUUUGAAGCAGUCAUGCUAAAACUGUAAACUUUGUUGCCAAAUUAAAAAUUAGCGAUAUUAAAUAACUUCUAAUUUCAGUUCAUUCUUAAGUUUUAAAAGUAAUUUAGAUGAACAAUGCUAGUUUUUAUAUUUGUUCAUAAGCUUACGUUGGGGAGAUUUCUUUUAUAAUAAAUCUUUGAACUCUGAGGUUUAGAUUAAUGAGAAUAUAUGAGUCUCAAUUGACUUCAGUUUAGGUGAUGAAAUGUGUUGGAAUUUGGAAGUCUGUUGACUUCUUUUGUAUAAGGAAAGAGUAACUGUCUCUAUUUUGUCACAUAAAUGCCCAUGAAACCAUUUGAGGAAAAGUUGAAUAAGUCCUUUUAAUCGCCUAAAAUGAAAACUUUUCAGUUUUACUGAAUGGAUGCUACAAGGAAGCAAAAUGCUUAUUCCUUAUCUAGCAGACUGGACUCAUUCUCGCUGUCUUCUGGACCAAAAGUGAGCUGGUUGUUGUUAAAAUAGUUUGUCCCUUGCUCUGGCAACAUGAGGCCUGUGACAAGAAGGCCACUCAGCACAUCUGAACUGUCUGAGCCCUUUGUGUCGAGAUCACUCAGAUUUGGGGUUUUUUUCCUCCUUCCUUUGUCCAUUUGAAGUACACCUAAAGUGAUUUUGUCUACUUUUGCUGAUAGCUGGUUUUUCAAGAUAUUUCCUUGGUCCUGUUUUUGUGUAAUUCUCCAUCUUACCAAAUAUCAAAUAGUGGGAAGACUGGUUUUGCCCUCAGUAUAACUGAACUAAUAAAAAAUUGGUAUUCAUAGUCUAUCAUUUUUUUUCUUCCUUCAUAAAAAACUCUUUUCACCUCUGUUCUCAUCAGUAAGGCCUUGCAGUCUUCAUAAAAUACAUACCAGCCCACAUGACCCAAAAACAGUCCUUUGAAACAUUUCAGGUUCUUGAACUCUAUACUCAUUACUCUAAGUUCCUAUUUAGGAAAUAGAACCAUCCCUCCCUCAAAAUGAAACAUUUAUGAAAUAUUUAGUUUCUUUUUCUCUGUGUGGAGGAAAAUGGUAUUCACUACAAAUUCUGUACUAUCCUGAGAAGUGAUUUCUGAUGGGCUUUUAGAGUGAACAAAAAUCUUAUAUAUGACUCUUUGCAAAUCCAAAGAAUGGUAUAUGGAGAUUUGAAACAACCCAAUUCCUCAGUGUAAUAAGGCCUGUGUCUGUCUAGCCAUAACAACGUUUGCUUCUGGUUCAAGCUAUAUGCAUCCUGGGAGAAUUACUGCUCAACACAAAUACAUGCUAGACUUCAUUACUUAGAAUCCUUGUACACCUAAUGCCAUUUAUAAUAAAAAUGUUGUACUUGCACAAUUUACUUUAAAUGUAUUUCCUCAUUAGCCAGGUAUUUGGAUUGUACUCUUGAUAUAUUUGAAUGUGACUCCUGGGUUCAAGUGCACUAUUACUAUUCAUGUCCCAUAAAAUAAAGUCGCACCAUGUAACAUAACGGUGUCUGUAAUGUAUCUUUUGCUGAUCCUUAGAGUGCUGUUAAUGCACAGGUUCCACUACAGAGCAUCUGUCUUUUACUGUUGGGGAAAGAUGCUCUACACUUUUGUACAUCUGUGUAACACUUUAAUAUUCUUUGUAAUGUUCAAGUCAUGGUCAUUAAACAAUGCAAAAUAGAUGGCAGAUGUAUUUCCAUCCUAAAUCAUCUUGAGUCAGCUGUUUUGUCAAGUGUGGUUUUAUUGACUUGAAAGAAAUUGUGUCAUCUCAAGUGUCUGUGUUGUUGUUGGUGCCUUGUUUUGUGUAUGGUGUUUUUCUUCCACUACAAAGGAGAGCUACGCCAUGUCUAGUGUUAAGUUUCUCUAGAUAACUAUUAAUAAAAUUUAAGUCUGAUCAGAUGCUGGAAAAUUAAGCUGCCAUCUGACUUUGGUUUUCUCAGAAAUCUAUAAAGAAGUUGGUAGAAAAUAUUUGAAUUAAAAUCUGCCUAUGUUU